AUGGACUUCGCUGCGUUUCGAAGCGAUGUUUUGUGGAUCGUGAUCGUUGCGUUCGUAAUCGCUUUCGUGCUGUCGUUCGCCAUCGGUGCCAAUGACACAGCCAACUCGUUCGGCACCAGCGUCGGCUCCAAGGCACUCACCCUUCGACGGGCGUACAUCUUGGCGACGAUCUUCGAGUCACUCGGCGCACUGCUACUCGGGUACAAAGUCACUGACACUAUGCGGAAAGGUGUCGUGGACGUUGCAGUGUACAAUAAUAGUACCGCAGAGCUUAUGAUUGGACAACUGUCUACGCUAACAGGAUGCGGAGUAUGGCUUUUGAUCGCCACCUUGAUGAAACUGCCUGUCUCUACGACACAUAGCAUCGUUGGAGCUACCGUAGGCUAUAGUUUGGUAUUACGAGGAAAAACCGGCAUUCACUGGUCUGAAAUAGGAUACAUAGGUAUUGAAUGCGUCUCAUUGAAAUCCACGCUAAAACUGAAGCACACCGAAGGAGAGAAUGUGACGAGGUUGUUUUUGUUCUUGCAAGUUAUGAGUGCAUGCUUCGGCAGCUUCGCGCAUGGCGGGAACGACGUCAGUAACUCAAUUGCUCCGCUGGUCAGCAUAUGGAUGAUAUACAGACAGGAUUCGGUGUAUCAGCUGGGCGAGUCCCCCAUCUGGCUGAUGGCCUACGGAUCAGUGGGGAUGUGCGUCGGUCUGUGGCUGCUUGGACAUAGGGUCAUUUACACGGUCAGCGAAGGACUGACGACGAUAUCCGCUGUCAGUGGUUUCACGAUCGAAAUUGGCGCCGCGUUCACCGUGCUGUUGGCGAGUAAAAUCGGGCUGCCGAUCAGCACCACCCACUGCAAGAUCGGCUCGGUGGUAUUGGUUGGUUUCGUUCGACGAUCGGAGAAGGGAGUCGACUGGAGUCUGUUCAGGAAUAUCUUCAUUUCAUGGAUUGUCACUCUGCCCGCUGCUGGUAUCUUAGCUUUUCCUAGGCACAACGGUGGGCUGGACCGAAAUGCGAAACCGUGCUUUUAG